AUGUCCCAGACCAACACUUCUCUCCUGGACGAGGUUGUUCAAUGGAGCCAGGAAACCUGUCGCAGGGAGCUCAAAGCUGUCCUGCCCAAACUUACCUCUUUACAUCAUCAGUCUGAAGGCUGGGAUGAUCACAUACGUGUACUGAAGAUAAUAACAGAGAUGUUCCUUCCUCACGUUGCUCUGUCAGAUCUGGAAAAUGAAUGCUUCUCCAAGAUCUUACCGAAGACAGUGACUAUGUUUGACAGUAUGAUGAAAGAACUUUCAAUCCAAGUUGGAGGCUUGUCCAGCCAAAAUAAAGAACUGUGCUCCUUACUGAGGAACAUUCUGAAGUCACUGAUGCAGAUAAUUGAUGCAAUGUCCGCGUGUGUGCGUCACGUUGGCACGUAUGAUGAGGUCCCGGACCUUAUGUUGAUCCGCACCUUACCGACAUCCAUCCUGAAAGUAUUGCGAGACACUUUUCUGCACUGUAAGGAGAGUGAGGUGGUCUACUGUGGCCGUCUUUCUUUGGUGGCUGACCUGCUGCAGAGCCUGUUCAGGGAGGCCUUCGCCCUACAGAAGGCCCUUUUGGACCUCCUGGACAGGCUUUCCAUUGAUAGCAGUGCCUCUGAAGAAGAGGUCUCCGAUAUCGUCACAGUAAUUCACAGCCUUUUGGACAUUUGCUCGAUCAUCUCGAACCUGGACAUGGCGCUGCACGCUAACACGUGGAAGUUCCUCAUCAAACAGAGUCUGAAAUACCAGUCACUGGUGGAGGACCAUCUCCAUCAUGGUGACAUCACUUCCAGCCUGUGUGACAACCUGCUGGCUUCCUUUCACAAUGCUGUGGAUAUGGCAGCGCAGAUAAAGCACUCCGCUCUCCAGGACGCAACAGAGAGCGCAGAACACAAGCUGUUCCAGAAAACGGCAAAGAUGUGCAGAUUUUUUGCCAACACUCUUGUUCAUUACGUAAAGGAAUUCAAACCUUUCUUAACGAAGUCUUGCAAGAUCUUUUAUGAAACGUACCUCCAGAUUAACAGUAAAUUCCCUCCAAGCUUGUGCGCGCCAGAGUUACCGCCGUCUCUUUCCGAGGAACUGAACGCGGUGGCCGUCGUUCCACUGGAUGCGCUGCUUUUUCAGCUGCUACCUCUCAGAGCUUUUGCUGAUGUCGUUCUGCAGGACGAAUUGCACUUAAGUCCACAGCACGAGCUUCCUCAGUGUCUUUUGCUGACAAAAGUGCUGGAUCAGUUGGCCUCCCAGUCUGAGGAUGUGGUGUCUCUUUGGCACUCUGGCAGUCAGUUUUCAGAGGAAACACCCAGGCUUCCUCUCUACCAGGCAGUGUUCCGUAGUUUUCGGUGUUGCUAUGUCGAGCGCAAGGUGCCAGUGAUGCUGCCGGGGGUGAUGACCAAAGGUCGGGCCCAAAGUCAAGUGUCUCUGCACCAUCACGUGUGUGUGCACCUCUGCGCCAGUGUCGCUGUGCUUCCUCCACAGUAUUUUCCCGUUUUGGAGCGGUGCUUAGUGACCGCCACGAUGCAGGCCGACACCCAGACUGCUCUGUUGGCCACAGACGUGUGGUGCUUCACUGCGCGGUAUGGAACAGCAGAACUUUGUCUUCAUCAUGCCCUUCUCAUCGCUCACUUGGUGAAAACCUGUUCGGCUGAAUGCUCCCAGAAGUGGCACCUGGGCCUGCUGCUCAGACGUAUGCUUUUCCUCAUGACGCCCAGCCAUCAGAUGGAAUUACUAGUGCGGUUCCCUCCAUCCGAAGCUGAGAACCUCCCAAUAUGGCGUCACGUCCUCCUCCGGUCUCUUUCUGAUGACGCCCGUCAACGUGUUGAGGCGGACGUUAUUGCCUUAGCUCAAAAAGCUUUGAGCGACUGGCAGAGUGGAGGCUACAAACUGGGCCAAGUGGGCAAAGUGAAUGCAGUGCUACAAUGCCUCCUUGUGGUGGUUCAAGAAAAGUCAAGUGAAGUGGAUCAGUGCUGCUCUGCGACAAGGAUAGUCACGCAGCUGUGGCGGAGAAUGACACCACAUCAGGUGCAGACCCAUCAAGUGCUGCGCUCCACUCUGCAGCUCCUCUUGUCAAUAACAGCAGUUUUAGUCCAAAACAUGGAACCGGAAGUCAUCAUUCAGGCACUGGUGUGUGUGGAUGUCGUCGUCCCUCAGAAGUGUCAAGAUGAGCUGUUACUGGCUGCCCUAGAGUUCCUUUCAUCAAUGGGGAAGGUUUUUAUCCCUCCCGACAGCCAGAGUGAAAUCUUGCCCAGGUUGAGCAACUUGUUCAGAACGCUGUUAGCGCAAAAUUCCUCCUGGUUAGUCGAGCAACACACUUUGGAGGCUUUCGCUCAUUUUGUAGAGAAAACACACCACCAGGAGGUCAUUUCACACAGUUUGUGUGAGGAAGAAACUAAAAGCAAGGUGGUGAAUUUCCUGAGCAAGACUGUUAAUACACCAGAAGAAGUCAAGAAGGCACGGGUAGAAAGAAUCGAAGCGGAGAAGACCGUUUUACAGCAACACAAUUGUGCGCUCGAGUCCCCAAAACAGGUUUCCGUGGAAAUUUCUGAUCAAUCUGUGACUUACUCAGAGCCGCAGGCCAAAAGAGCCCGGCAGGAGAGUUGCGACGACGACGACUACAGCCGCCUCACGCAGACGGCCGAAGGUGCGCUGAGAGCCCUCCAGGCGCUCGCUACGGUUAAAACAGACGCAGAGGAGACUUCUCCUCCUCCUUUGUGGCUGGCUGCCAGACUACAAGCGCUACAGAUGCUUAUAAGUGAAAUAAGCGCAACCAUGACCGCAAACUAG